CCACUUUGGUCUAACCCCCAAUUGUAUUUAUAAAUGCAUCUCAAUAUCAUACUCUCCUUACCAAACCAUUCCCAUGGAUACCACUCCCAACUUGACACUUAUCGAAGAUUGUCGAAUAUCGCCACCUCCGGGCACCGUUGGCCACCGUUCGUUACCACUUACUUUUUUCGACACCACAUGGCUACUCUUCCCACCCGUCCAUCAUCUUUUCUUUUACGACUUCCCCCAUUCUAAAUCCCAUUUUGUAGAAACAGUUGUUCCCAACCUAAAACACUCGUUAUCACUUACUCUUCGACAUUUUUUCCCGUUCGUUGGCAAACUGGUUGUCUACCCUAACCUCAAUAAUUCCGGGGUCAUUAAAAAACCAGAAAUCCGACAUGUGGAAGGUGAUUAUGUCGCGCUUACUUUUGCAGAAUGUGAUCUUGAUUUUAAUGAUUUGUCAGGAUAUCAUUCUCGAAAAUGUGAAACCUUUUAUCCACUAGUACCUUCAUUGGGUAAGGCUGUUAAAAAAUCCAAUUAUGUCACAAUCCCCCUUUUUUCUCUCAAAGUAACACUUUUUCCAAACAAUGGUAUUUCCAUUGGAAUGACUAAUCACCAUAGCCUAUGUGAUGCCAGCACCCGGUAUAGUUUCUUGAAGGCGUGGACUUCAAUUGCUCGAUUUGGUGGAGACCAAUCAUUCUUGGUGAAUGAAUAUCCACCGAUAUAUGAUAGAUUGAUUAACUAUCCAAAACUAGAUGAAUAUAAGUUGAGCCAAACAAGGCUCGAAACUUUUUAUAAGCCUCCAAGCCUUGUUGGUCCAACUAAUAAGGUCCGUGCAACAUUUGUUUUAACACGGACCAAUAUCAAUCAAUUGAAGGAACGAGUCAUAUCAGAGCUUCCAAUAUUAGAGUAUGUAUCAUCUUUUACCGUAAUAUGUGGCUAUAUUUGGAGUUGUAUUGCAAAAUCAUUAGUCAAAUUAGGAGAAAGAAAAGGGGAAGACGAGUUAGAACAAUUUAUAUUUACAAUUGAUUGUCGGUCUCGUAUGGAUCCACCAAUUCCCGCAAACUAUUUUGGUAAUUGUGGGGCACCUUGUGUUGUAACCAUAGAAAACGUUGUUUUAUCUAGCGAAAAUGGUUUUGUCGUCGCUUCUAAGUUAAUUGGAGAGGGGAUAAACAAAAUGGUGAACAAUAAGGAUGGAAUUAUGAAAGAUGUCGAAAGGUGGCACGACCCUUUCAAGAUUCGAGCAAGAAAGAUUGGCGUUGCUGGUACUCCGAAACUCAAAUUCUACAACACGGAUUUUGGUUGGGGAAAGCCGAAAAAAUAUGAAACCAUUUCAAUUGACUAUAACGAAUCGAUUUCUAUAAAUGCAUCCAAAGGUUCAACCCAAGAUGUUGAAAUUGGACUGUGCCUUCCUAGUACGCAAAUGGAGGCGUUGGCGAAUAUCUUUAAUGAUGGUUUGAAGGGAUGAAUUCCAUCAUAACUAUUUAUCGUCACUUUUUUUUUUUCCGGGUGUAUUAUUGUUGAUUCUAUAUUUGUUUUGGGUAUGCAAAUUAGUAUUAUUUUACAACCUUUUUUAA